AUGGCGAAAUUUAAGAUGAAAUCCCGCCGGCACUGGUUGCUUUUUCUUUUGUUCAUUCCUAUAUCAAGUAAGUGUCUUGUUUGUACUUUUUAAACGACAUUUAUCGUUGUUAAUGAGAACGCUGACUUGAUUUGUGGUCCGCGCGCACCGACUGUUAAUUAACGUCAACGAACUGCGCAUAUUUAUGUCGUCCAUUAACUCUCUUUGAAAUAAACCUGUUAUUUGACUAUUUAUCGACGAAAGAACAAGGUUUAUGUUAUCGCUGGUGCAAGAAGAGAUAAAAACAGACGCUCGACUUAAACUCUGUUUCUACUUUCUUCUUUUACUCUUUUACUCAUAUCAGUUACGUUAGAGUUAACGUCAAGACCCGACGAGUUCAUGUCAUUUGUGACAAACUACUGUUUCUGAGAUAUACAUGAUAGAAGCAAAUUACACAGAGCUGUAUGGUUAUUAUGCAGAUGUGUGGUUUUGCUCGAAUAUAACUGUUAAUCUGUAUUGCCUCCUCUGAAAUGUUACCUGUAAAUCAGACGUAGUUUUACAUACUAUUGUGUUUUUGGGCAGCUGUAAUCAUGGGCUAAAACAAGUCAUAACUGAUGUCCCCUUUCUUUUUUGCAGGUGUUUUAUGUUUUAGUGAGCUGUCCUUCAUCACAGAGCCCAGUGAUGUUACUGCACUACCAAAGGACUCCGCUGUCUUAGACUGUCAGGCUCAUGGGCAGCCUCCAGUCACCAUCAAGUGGCUCAAGAAUGGAGUUCGGUUGGCAGAAAGCGAGCACAUCCAGUUUCUGCCAAAUGGCUCACUGUACAUACCAAAGAUAAAGCAUACCAAGGAGGAAUCAGAUGAGGGAUUUUACCAGUGCCUCUCCCAAAACAAAUAUGGAGCUAUCCUAAGCCAAAGAUCACGUCUGACUAUCGCAAGUGAGUAUGAGGCUCAGAGUGACAGGAAAUUUCUGACAUUAAUAUUGAACUUUGCUGUUGUCUCACACUGUUGGGAACAACAUGAGGAUAGGUUGAGCUUGUUGGUGAUAUACCCUCUGUGGUGUCAACAUGCAGGCAUCAGAAUGGCAAGUUCAUGGGUAAUUAACCUGGAGAUGGGAAGCAGAUGUACCCCUCCCCUCUCCUUUUUUCCCUACAUAGGAAAAAACGCUUUAGUCUGGGUUUCCAUGUAUUGUAGGUUGUUUAGGGUUGGCUAUGCUAAAGUUUAAAGCUGUCAGCCCAGUUAUGGAGUGAUAUAGGAAAUAGUUAAAGAUACAUUGAUAGUCAAUCUAAAAGCUCUUUUAUAAUACCCCAAAAAUAGGCAACCCCAAGAGUAUCUUGUCCUUUUUUAGAGUUAGGUACCACCUGCAAACUUAAAAAGUAAUCCAAGACUUUAAGCACAUCAAUAGGAACUAGUCUCUUCUGCACUGAAAAAGUAGUGUCAUUGCAGACCUUGGGCUCUGAAUGGUCUGCCACACAGAGGAAUCUCUGAAAGGCCAUUUGGCUGUUAGCCUUUGUUUGAAGUAACCCUGGCUGCCCCAGAAGAAAAGGCCACGUUUUCAGGGCAUUUGUUUGUCCACAUAUCAGUGGACAGAGCAGCUGUGUCUAUUCAAAAGGCCUGGUCUACCAUGGACACUUUUCACACGUCUUAGAAGGGAUAUCCCGUGAGUGGUGUCAUGGAAACUGGCUAUGCCUUCAGAAACAUACUGAUGUUGACACUGACACUGACUUUGAGGUUAAAAUGUUUUGGUGACAUCCAAAUAGUCAACAGUAGGAAGCUGUGAAGAAAUAGAUACAACUGUCACUAAAGAAGACACUGAAAGUUUUGAAAUGUAAACAGACAAACAAGUCUUUUUGGUGUUAGACACACCAACUUUCUGUGGUGAUGUUGUAGUUGUAGUCAGUAUAUUAAAGGGUAACAGAAAUAUAAGUUUACUAUAAGAUGUCUACACAAAGCUCCAAAAGUCAAGUUUGGUCUGGGGUCCGGCCUUUGUCAGCGAAAGGGUUAAAGGUCUCCGGUCAGCUGUAGGCAGAGAGUGGAGGAUGGGCUCUUCUGUGCUCCCCUUCUGUCCAGAGGUCCUGGGGGUCAGGGGUCAGUGGGGAAAGGCUUUGUGAUGUCACAGGCCUGCUCUGGCUGGGCUGCCCUGCUGUUUUCUCCCCCAGCCCACAACCCCUUUCACUGGAUCAGUCCCUCUGUUGCCCCCCUGUCAAGCAGAGCCCUUUUGUUAAAGAAAGGCCAGGCCGGGUCAUGUGAACGAACAAACUUGAUUUAUCAGAGAACGGUGGUGAGCCUUUCAAAACUUGUUUACGUUCAGGAAGUUGUACCUCCUUAUAGUUCUACACUUUAUCACCAGUGUUGGCCCCUUUUAGAUUCAUCUAGAGUGCCAGGUGUCUCAAACAUAUCCUCACUUUUUUUUUAUAAACAAGUACACAACAGCUCUGCUUUUUUUGUUAAUUAUUAGCAAAGCAUUUAAAAGGGGGUAAAACAUAAAAAGCAUAAUCAAUUUUAUCUUUAUUUAGGCUGGGUGCAAACUGGCUUCCCAGUUUGGGCUGAAAUUGAAUGGACUGGGGCAAAGGCAAACUUUGACCUCUUUAGGGAAACCUUUGUGCUGUUUGACCUAGACAUUGAUUUGUUCUUUAUGGCAGAGGUGACCAUGUUAGUGGAUCAGUCUGUGCAGGCCGCACCUACCAUUGACAUCACUGUUUCCAGCAAGAGUGAGAACUGCCUGUUAUCUCCAUGGAGAUUAAACAUCAUCAUGUUUUUAACUUCUUACCAGGUCCUGUGGACUCAUGGUACUUGCUGGUCAGCCAUGUUUAGCCACUGAAAGAAAAGCUAGAUAAUAUGAUAGCCAUACAUCAAUAUAUUUAUCUUGAAGUAUAGAUAUAUUUAGUAUGUUUCAGGGAUUUUGGUUUUUCUCCUCCUACGUUUACUCCCUUUUUAAUGGAAUAUCUCACAUAUGUACAUAGGCCAUGUAAUUCACCUCAUAUUAGAAACACCACCAGUUUAUUUGUGUAAUAUUGAUAAGAUUUGCUCUUGAAUUAAAGGAUUGCCUGGGAUCAGGAUUUAAAUUUGAUGUUUCAGGAGGACAACAGGGUAUUGAUUUUCUUUAACAUGGUAUUGACUUCCAAUAAAUGAGGGGGAAGGGGGAGACACCUUAAUGAAUGAAGGUCAUUGGUUAUAUCAUAAGAUUAAUGCAGGGUGGGAGUAACUUGGAAGUGUUGGUCAUUAAAAGACCUUUUACUCACAAGCCAGGGCUGUGACUCAGCAGCAUAUGCAGAGGUGUCUUAGGCAUAUUGAAACAAGUAUAUAAUACAUAGGUUACAGUGUCAAGUAGAGCAGUAUGUUCAACUAUAAAAAUGUACAAGUGAGAUUUACAAAAUGCUCUACUUUCUCCGAUUUGAGAUCAUCCCUGACCUUGGAAUUACUUCUGUAUUAGCUUUAUAAUAUUACUAGUGUCUGCCUGUGAUCCUCCCUGUGCAAAUUGAAUUGAUUGGUUUUGCAUCUAUGACAAUGCAUCAUUCAGUGUCAUUCUUCAAUUGAUCCAUUGAUUGGACCAGCUGGUCAGUAUGGGGCCUGAUUGCUCAUCUGCACAAAAGCAUGAUGAUUGUGCUUCACAGAAAUCAAUGCCUUUUAUACAAUCAGCUAACAUCCAUCAAAAUCAGAGCUUUGCAUGCAUAAUCUAUGAAUUUUAACCAAAGGUGGAAGAAAAGGAUAUUUUUAGCAAGGGUUAAACACAGUACUUUUAUCAUCAUAAAACAAGCUCACCACAUAAAGAAAUACCGGUUAAUUUUAUAGGUUAAUGAGGUAUGUUGCUCUACUAAUAUUUUAUUGAUGGUUUAAUUUCUCCACAGGUAUCUCUGAGUUUGUGUUACACCCUGUGCCUAUGGUGGUGAAUGAGGGCUCAGUGGCACGAUUCGCCUGUGCAGCCACCUCCAGCCCUCCUGCCACCAUCACCUGGGAGCUCAACCAAAGCACAUUACCUAUACAGACAGACAGGUACCUGCCAACAUACCUUAGGACAAUUUUGACACCAGCCUACAGUUCUCAUUUAUAUUUUGCACAUGUGUAUUAGUAAAUAACAGUUUCAUACAAAAUUUCACGUCAAGUUUGGCUGCUAAGUUGCCUCUCUCUGUUACCAGAAUAACCGUUCUGCCCAAUGGAGUCCUUCAGAUCCAUGACGUUCAGUUGGAAGAUGCUGGACUUUAUCGAUGCGUGGCAACCAACAUUGGUAGCCGUCUGAAGAGUAGAGAAGCCAAGCUGACAGUCAACCAAGGUGCAGAAACUUUAAUGACUUGAUUUUUUGGAAUAAGUUUAAAAUGAUCAUGUCUGGGGAAGAUGAAUGUUUUUCCCUAAUAUUUUCCAUUUCUUCUGAAGUUGUAGGCCCAAAACCACGUCAAAGGCCCAGAAUCAUUGCUGGACCUCAAAACGUCACAGUUUCUCUUCACCAAACUGUGGUGCUGGAGUGUGUAGCCACAGGAAAUCCUCGACCCAUCAUCUCCUGGAGCAGAGCUGAUAGUAAACCUAUUGAUGUGUACAACGCCAAAGUGCUGGGCAAUGGGAACCUUGUUAUUACUGAUGUCAAUUCCAAGCACAGUGGAAUCUACCUCUGCAGGGCCACCACCCCUGGAACCCGCAACUUCACCAUUGCUGCAGCCAACCUCACAGUUCUCGGUACAGUGAAUUCUUCUGUAGCUUAACUGCUUUGGCUCUCAGAUAACCUCUCCCUUCUGCUUUUUGUACUUUAUAUGUCACAACCAACACGGCACAGCUCAAGCUUUUGCAGCAUUCAUGCUCAGAGAGUAGAAUUGUUUCCAUAAUUCAACACCAUUAGUGCUUUAAGCCUAAAAAGCUGGAAGUAAUGAACUGAAUUUUCAUUACUUUUCUGUGAUUCCUCUGUUUUAGUGCCACCAUCCAUUGUUGAGAGACCAGAGAGCCAGACCCGUCCAAGAGCAGGCACUGCCCGGUUCAUGUGCCAAGCAGAAGGAGUGCCUCCGCCUCGCAUCAGCUGGCUGAAGAACGGAGAAGAGGUUCACUUAAAUGGCAGGAUUAAGAUGUACAACAGGUAAAGCACAACAACAGGCAACUGUCACAAUCACACAUGAGUAAGUACUGUGACAAAAAGCUUGAUUGCAAAUAUGUUAUUUAAUAUUUUGCAGCAAAUUGGUAAUCACCCAGAUCAUCCCUGAGGAUGAUGCCAUCUAUCAGUGCAUGGCAGAGAGUGAACAGGGUUCUGUGCUGUCCUUGGCACGCCUUAUCGUUGUCAUGUCUGAGGAUAGGCCCAGUGCACCAAGAAAUAUCCAUGCUGAGACCAUCUCAAGCUCUGCCAUCUUACUGGCCUGGGAGAGACCUCUGUACAAUGCAGACAAAGUCAUCGCCUAUUCCAUCCAUUACAUGAAGGCUGAAGGUGAGUAAAAGAGGAAGAACUGUUGAGUUGUAAUUAAGGUUUUCAUUUAGUUUUAACAAAUCAGCUGAGAUAUUGGAGGUGGGAAAAGAUUCAAGAUGAGAGUCAACCACAAUAAGCUAUCUCUGCUCUCACAUGUGAGCAGCUUUCCUUAGUGAAGGCCAUCUGUUGUUGCUGCAAAGAGCAAAGGUCAAGGAGGACUCCGAAUGGCAACUUCGCUAAAAUAACAACAGGCUUAGCCAGCCCAUUGUCCACUCUGCAGCUCUCUGUGCUUGUAGUUAAAGAGACAGGGUAGCUUUUAAAGCCUCGCAGUCUUAACAGUUUCGAAGGAGAUACUUGAUUUUAACCAUUAAUUUAGCAGUUCAGUAACCUGAUCUAGGCAAGUGAGCUGUUCUUGGAAACCCAUUUUUAGAUGUUUCAAGCAGAUUUUACACUGGACAUGAUUAUGUGGCCUUGCCUUGCACAUGUUUAUAGAAAGAUGAGUGUCAUUUAGAAGCCUUUCAAAAUACUGACCUUUUACAUGCUGCAGAAUUUAAAGAGUUUCAUCGAUGUUUCUUCUCCCUCCAACCUAUUUUCUAACCUGCAGCAUUUUACUCUCUGUGAAAUUUCAGGUCUCAACAAUGAAGAAUACCAAGUCGUCAUUGGUAACGACACAACAAGUUAUAUCAUUGAUGACCUUGAGCCAGCUCGAAACUACAGCUUUUACGUUGUGGCUUACAUGCCAAUGGGAGCCAGUCGAAUGUCAGACCAAGUCAGUCAGCAUACCCUGGAGGAUGGUAAAUACAGAUCACUGAGACUCAGCAUUCCUAGCAAUAAAUCACUCCGGCCGUUAAGCUAAAAUACAUGCAAGUGAUUUGUGUGAAGAGCGCAUUUCGAGGGAAAAUAAGAGUAAUGAGAAUGCUGCUGUUGUUUCUGUUGAAUAUGCCACUAACACAAACUUUAUCAAAAUCAUAGAACUAUGAAAUUUUAUUUCUUAUCAGCAUUUUUCAUUGUGAAGAAUCUCUUACUCAUCAGAUUAAACUAAAUUUGUUAUGUCUCUUUCUGCAGUGCCUUUGCGUACCCCAGAGUUGAGUCUGACCAGCCAUAGCUCCACAGAUAUUCAGGUGAACUGGCAGCAGCUACCUGCCAAGGUGAGCCGCGGCAAAGUGUCUGCAUACAGACUCUCCUAUCGCACUGCUACAGACAGCACUGUCACCUCUGUGGAGCUACCCCAGAACAGCACCGAAUAUCUGCUGGAGGGCCUGCAGCCUGACACUAUCUACCUACUCCGCAUGGCUGCUGCCACCCGUGUGGGCUGGUGUGAACCUUCUGCUUGGACUUCCCACCGAACACCUAAGACCUCCAGCAGCAAAGGUAAGACACUGAAGGCUGAAAAGGAAAUGUCCCAAAAACUAGAGCUGAUGAUAAAACAUUGUAAAGAGCUGCCUCUUUUGCUUUUAUACACUCAAUUUUGGAUUUCUGACUCAGUUUUUAUGCAUGAUAGGAUGUAUUUUUAGGGCCCAACAGACAUCUUAGGUAGGGUAAAAUGCAUAGGACUGAUACAUGCCUUCGAGAGGUCACAUGGUGCAAAACAUCUAAAUCUUAACCUAUUCUGGCUGUGCUUGAACUUGUGCCACAUUUCUGCGUUGCUGCCAGGAGGAUCACUAGAGCUCAUGCAGCGUAGCCAGCUUAUGACUAAAGUUUGCUCUCAUAGCAUUGUCCCACAGUCUUUGUGUUGGUUACCCAGGAACCUUUGCCCUUUGCUGUCAGUGAUGUUAGAGUGGCCUCAGUCACGGGUCAUAAAGAGAGGGCCUCAGGCGUCUAUGUGGAGGAAAGAAUAGCCCCUUUUCAUGGCCUGGUGUGGUGGGGGAGGCUGUUUGUCCACCAGAGCUGAUUUUUUUGUUUCUAAAAGUUUGGAUUUAGGCAACAGAGCAAUUCAGCUGACAGUGUGAUGAUUUUUCAUUUGAAAGAAGGGUCUAGAUCAUGAACACUGAGAGUGAACAGUGAAUGAAUGAAGUGGCUCUCCUGUCAAUGAUGACAGUGCAAUUAUUUCAUCUCCAAACCAAUGUGCUGUCCCAGGAUUCUGUUGUUAUUCUUAAUCAUCAUUUGCCUCAGCUAUAUUUUUAAAAAGUGUCAAUUCUGCCCCCACAGUGCCUUCAGCUCCCAUUCUCCAACUUGAGCCACUCAACUGCACCUCCAUUGUGGCACGCUGGCAGAGCGCCCUAGAAUCUGUUGCUGUCCAGGGUUACCGGCUGUGUUACCAUGAGGAGGGCCAACCAGAGCAGCCCAUCAUUCAGCUGCAGGCUCAGACCUAUACCCACACCAUCAGUGGCCUUGGUGAGUGUUACCGUUCUACUAUCAGACUUAGUUUUUGGUUGAAUUGUGGGAUAGAAGAGUGGAUGAAAAACAGAAGACAGUAUGGAUACCCAAAAAUGUCACUGUAUUUUCACCAUCUGGACUGUGAUUUUGUGUUGAGACAACAAAGAGUGACCAAUGGGUUCAUACCCAAUUUAAUUCAGUGGGCAGUUGGACAUUGAAUUUGCAUUUUCACCUUCUGUCCUGAUCAAUAUGUGCUGACCCCUUUUGCCUAAACAGCGGCCUUCUCCAGUCUGGUUUGGUUUUGUGGGAGAUCAGGCUCCCAAGGUUAGAGGUCAGGGUCCAGAUGUCCCUCCCACCACCGUUUCCCAUCCUGCGCUUGCAUAAUUACCCAUGGCCAUUGUGUGGUGUUUAGGGCCCGGCCUGCCCUGGGAGACCCUGGCCACUACCCCCUUUUUGCUGGACACUGAAUCACACAAACAAAGACCCUUGGGACUGGCCAGAGAAGGGCUGAGCCACUGACCUCUAGCCGUGAGACAGCAGUCCUGGCUUACCUGCCCCCAGUAGUCUGCUGUGCUGUCCAUGUAAAUAACCCACAACAAUGUUACAUGCUGUGUUGAACCAGGGCGAUAGUGAGAACAUUUGACAACAAUACAAUGUUGGGUAUGUGAAUCCUCAAGCACAGCCCUUCAGCUACUUGUACCAUCAUCCUCAAAAGAAUUAAAAAUUGACACAUUUUUAUUGUGAUAACUCAUGACAACACCAGAACCAGUUUGGUCCUUAAGUCAGUGUCUUUAGGUUUAGGUUGGACAUUGGGGCCAUGUUCUAUUACAUAAUCAAUCUCAACACAAGUUCUGUUUAGGAGCCAUGUUGUUUUUUUCUGUGUUGCUUCAAGUUUAAGGCUAUUACACAAGGGCAGCAGGGAGAGCGUGAAAGAGGGAACAAAAGGGGCCCAGCCUCUAUCCCUUAGUCCUGCACCCAGAUUCCUUGUGUUCUAUCUUGGCCUGACCUGGUGACCCCAGUCAACUCCCCCUACUCCCAUGGGCCUAGGAUCCCAGCAGCUGAACACUGCCCCGGGCCCAGCCCCCACAACAGGCCUGGACACACUGCCUUCAUUGGUCAAUACCUAUUGACUGACCUUUCCCUCUGGAUGCAUAAAACAAAUCCUCCCCAAACACCCUGAUUGAGGAGCUAGAGCAAUUUGGUUAAAAAACAAAGUUUCAUAGCAUAUUGUAGAACUGAAGCCCACCACUCCUAGAACUCAAUGAUUUAACUCUCUGGCACAACAUAUUAAUGUCCCCUGUCUUUCUGUGAGUGCACACUACAAACCAGAUUUUGACUCCUUCCUACUUCUGUUCACUUCGCGUUCUAAAACGUUAUUUUUUAGUGUUUACAGUGCAACCAGGUGCUGAUGUGGAUCAGUAACUAUGAAAUAAAGUGGCUUCUGUUUUUGUUCUGCUUAUUGAUUGUGUCAUUUACUGGGCCUUACUUGGGGCUAGUGGCUCUUUCCCAUGCUCCUUACCCGUGACAACACAUGAUAAAUGAGAGGUUUGGGGUGACUCAGGAGACCUUGCAUUAUUCCAAAUGAGGAAUGGGCCGUUUUGACCUACAAACUUUGCCUCCUGCAGUUAACUAUCAGCGGGUCUGCCUUUAUUAUGAUGCACAUGCUGCUUUCUUUGAUAACCAUCACAUGGGAAUUUUAGGAAUGAUAUUGCUUGACUAGCUCAGGUUGAAAGCAACAUGGGCGAACGCUGUAACUGGAUUAUUUUUUUGAUUCCAGAUCCGAGGAGAAAGUAUCAUGUCAAGAUCCUGGCUGUCAGUCAAGCAGGAGAGGGUUAUCAGACAGACCAAACCGUUAGUACUCCAGGAUGUGUGUGUAAGUAUUUCCCUCUGUUGUUUAAUUUAAAAGAAUAAUAUGGAAAAUGUUAGACAACCUUUUCUUUGGUUGAAACUGCGAUGAAAACAUGCAUUUUUUUUGCAUCCCUUAGCGGCCAGAGACCAGCCUGCAGCAGCUCCUCCAUCACCAGAUCAUGUGACUGUGAUAGGUAACAACUCAUCUGCUGUUUCUCUGCGCUGGAGCCGCCCUGCUUUCCCUUCUGGAAAUACUGUCAGCUAUACAGUCCGCUGUACACCCGUGGGAACCCACAAUGCCUCUGCCAUACGCUACUUACAAGUGUAAGAAGAAAAACAAAAACAAAUUUGGUUCUUACAAAUGUGGUCUCCAAGUCAUAACAUGAUGUUUAACUGUGUUUUUUUAAAUGCUUUUUUGAUAUGGCCACAUUUUUUAUUAUUAAUUCUUCAAACAUUCAUAAGGUGAACUGCUGUUUGUCCACAGAACCAAACAGAGUGUGGUGAUUGAGAAUUUGGUGCCAAACACUCGCUAUGAGUUUGUUGUGCGUCUCCAUGUGGACCAGAUGUCAAGUCCCUGGAGUUCUGUUGUUUACCAUCGGACCCUUCCAGCGGGUAAGUCAUUGGACACUACUAAAUUAUUUUGUCAUGACCAUGUUGCUCCUUGCUCUUCUAUGCAGACAUACAUGAGUGAAUAUUUCCUUGUAAAUCAAAGCAAGAGUUGUUCAUUGUGAAUGUGGAUUGUCUGUGUACAGCACCUAGCCAGCCACCUGCAGGAGUGAGAGUAACUCUGAUUGAGGAUGACACUGCUCUGGUGUCUUGGAGGGAGCCCACCGAGGCCAACGUGGUUGUUACGCACUAUACCAUCUUGUAUGCUUCCCAGAAAGCCUGGUUGGCUGGACACUGGCAAAUAAUGCAGAGGGAGGGUGAGUGAUGCAUGGAUAAUGUUAUCUGUUAAGUGUUAGCCUCAGUCACGGUAAACUGUGAAACAAACGGUACACACAGAAUACACGGUUAGUUUAACCACAUGAAGCAGAUCUGUAGCAGUUAGUAGCAUUUCUAAGCUUCAAUGUGUGUUUCUGCUUCUUUUUACAGGAACUCAUACAAUGGCCCUGCUGGAGAAGUUAGAGCCUGGGAAUGUCUACCUGGUCAAAAUCUCUGCUUCCAACCAGGUUGGUGAUGGGCCUUUUUCUAGUGUUGUGGAGCUGGCUUUGAAGCGUGGGCCCAACCAUCGCAGCAAGAACCCGAGGCACUCUGAUAGCUUCCCAGAUACCACAGGUAAGCAUCACACCUGAUCCAACAAUCGCUUCUUAACCCAUUUAAUGUAUUUAUAAUAUCACAGUAUUUGUAGUAUUACAGUCAGCUUCAUUUCUAAGCAUUAGUAUUAGUACUGUCCUUUUGGGUUUUUGUAUAUGUGGCUUUAUUUUUGGGCUGAGAGUUCUCAUUCUUCCUUAUGCUAGUGUCCUCUGCUUGUUUUAAAUGUGUAUUACUGAUCCACAACUCUGUGCUGUUUAUCUUGCAGUUAUAUCUGAUGGUCUUUACCACAUAGACCAGAGGUCUAUGACGGGCAUCAUCGUUGGUGUGAGCAUCGCUUUAGCCUGUAUUGUUAUGUGUGCCUUGAUCCUCAUCAGUAAGGGAAAACCAAGGUACUGGUCAACUCAUUUGGAGUAAAGACAAAGUCAAAAAUUAACAUGAACACGUUUAUUUCUCAACUUUGUGAACAUAUUUAUCUUCAUCUGACCAACAGAAAAUCCUCAGGUCACAAAGUCAUUGCAGUGGGAGUCACUGAGGAUCCACGGGCUGGUCUGUCCCUGCCAAAUGAACGCCAUGUUGAGAACAUUGAAGCUCUUAUACCCAUGAUGCGUGAACACUUUUUAGAUGCCAAGGUGAGGCAUACAAAUUACAGGGAAGGCUCCUCUCAUUAGCUAAAUUUAGAGAGGUAGUACUAUAUCUGUACCUACAUUUUUUAUUCUUACAGAAGCAUUCUCGUAAAUUUCUUAUAACUAUUUCUCGCUUGCUCCAGGGUGGAUCCAAUAUAAUUAUAAACAGUACUGGUCCAGUCAACAGUAAGAACCAAAACAAGAGAUGGCUGCUGUUCCAGAGGGAGAUUAAGAAUCCUGUCGACACGGAUGUAAGAGAUGAAACAUUAUUCACCUCACUCGUCUGUACUUGCAGUCCUGCUCCUUUCUAAUACAAUUUUCAUUUUAAUUAUCUCCUCAGCUUGAGAGCAGAGCUAGCUUGUACGAAGCUGGAAAAACCGUUCUUAGAUACGAGGAGCCUUUAGGCGGGGCGCCCCUUCCACCUUCGUCUCGGGAGAUCAUCUACGGACCUUUUCACGCAGAGAGCUCUCACACCAGCGAGGGCAGCCAAGAGACGGGAGACUCUGGACACUACUCCAAUGAAGAGAGCAACGAAGAGAUGAGCAACCCUUCCACCAGCCAAAACUCCAGACCCGAAUCCUACGGAUCAGAUGGUAUUGAUGCUGCCCCUGAGCUGAAGCAGUCUUUUCAAGUGGAAAAUGAGGAGAUACUGGGCCGUCCCUUCCAUCAUUCCUCCACCCAGGAUGCUCCCCAGCUCUGCUGCACCUCUGGGGGCUCUCAUCCUGCCCCAGACAUGUCCCAAGCAGUCAGCUCCUGA